GUUCCAGACUCCCUGGGAGAAGCGCGGCAGGCCGCGCCCGAAGCCUGGCCAGGAAUCCCGGGAGUCCCGGGGUCGUUUCCGCGUUUCUGGGGCCGCCACUCAGUUGCUGGUGGGACUCAUGGGUCACAUAGGCGAACCUUGAACAUGGGAGCGGUUGUAUUUUUGUCCUUCCUGGCGACCAGAGACCUGUUGCCGACAUACAGUGUGCCACUAUAGUGACCCCCCCAAUACUGCUUUCACUGAAGAUGGCUAGAGAGUCGAGGGCCAGCACAGCCCUGGACAACCAAACUACAGAGGAUCACAUGGGACUGCAGAUCAUAAAGGUGGAGGACAAAGGGGCCUCCUUUGCAAAGAAGGUCCACUUGCCAGGCAGCGGUGCCCAGGGUCUUGAGCAUUGUCGCCAGCGUUUCCGUGCUUUCUGCUACCUCGAGACUGCAGGCCCUGCACAGGUGCUGAGCCAGCUGCGGGAGCUCUGCAGGCAGUGGCUGCGGCCGGACCUGCGCAGCAAGGAGCAGAUCCUGGAGCUGCUGGUGCUGGAGCAAUUUCUCACUAUCCUGCCGGGGGACCUGCAGGGCUGGGUGCGGGAGCAGCGCCCAGAGAGUGGGGCAGAGGUGGUGGUGCUGCUGGAGUAUUUGGAGAGGCAGCUGGAUGAGCCCAUGCCGCAGGUCCCAGAUGGUGAUAAAGAGCAAGAACUGCUCUGUUCCAAAGUGGUCCCAUUUGCAACUGCCCAGGGCUCACAAAAUAGCCAGUUGCAGCCUAUGAACCCUCUAAUUAAGCAUGAAUCUUUGGAAUCCCAACCCUUACAAGACAGAGUUUUCCACGAAGCCUGUGGAGAAGAACCAAUGAUCUCUGCCAGACUCACUCCAGAGUCCCAGGGAUUGGUGAAAAUGGAAGAUGCCAUGACCCUGUCCCCUGCAUGGAUUCACCAGGAUUCAUCUCAGAUGAACCCCUACAGAGAUGAAAGGCAGAAUUGUGGCAGCCAGGUCUCCCUGGGUCAGGAAAUGCAGGUAAAGACCAGUGAUGUGACUGCAUGUGAAAAACCUUCAGAAGAAGAGCCUGGACCCCUGCGUGAGGACAUUGCCCAGAUUCCCGUAUGGGAGCAGGAGAGCAUUUUACAAAGAACACAGAAAAGUGCCACAGGGAAUAGGCAGCACAUUUGCUAUGAAUGUGGAAAGAGUUUUGCUCAGAGUUCAGGCCUGCAUAAGCACAAGAGCGUCCACACUGGAGAAAAACGCUACCAGUGUAAGGAGUGCAGAAAAGCCUUCAGUAAGAGCUCUGUCCUCAUCACUCAUCAGCGAGUUCACACUGGUGAGAAGCCGUAUAAGUGUAAAGAAUGCGGCAAGGCCUUCAGUCAUCGCUCAGACUUUAUCAAACACUGGAGGACCCACACUGGGGAGAAGCCCUAUGAGUGUGACAACUGUGGGAAAACCUUCAGUCGGAGUUGUAACCUCCUUGAGCAUCACAGAAUUCACACUGGUGAGAAGCCGUACUCGUGUGUCAUGUGUGGCAAAGACUUCAGGCGUAGUUCACAUCUCCGGAGACAUCAGAGGAUCCAUACUGGGGCUAAAAAUGUUCGAGAGCCUGGCCGGGCAGAUCAGGAUAGAAUGCAAAGCCAGGCAGUUAAUAUUGCAAAUCCUGCGUCUUAUAAAUGCAAUGUGUGUGAGAGAAGUUUCUCUCAGAAUACAGACCUCAUUGAACAUCAGAAAAUCCACACUGGUGAGAAACCCUACCAGUAUGACACAUGUGGAAAAGGGUUUACUCGAACUUGUAAGCUGGAUUAUCACCAGAGAAGCCACCUAGGGAAAGGACUUCUGUCACAGUGACCUGUGCAAUACAUGAAAAGAAGUAGAAACAGACAUUUCAGAGACAUAGAUGUUGCCCAUUUUUGCUCAAUGAUUAUUCACUUUCUCACUCAUUCUGCAUAGCAAAUUGCACAAAACCUAUCCCUGCUAAGUUCACACUUCCCUUAGGAAAGUGAAUUCCCACCAAAUAUUUAAAACAAGUAUUACUUUUGGUCUCAAACUCUCAAUAUUAGUGUGCAGUAAUGGUCUUCAAUUAUUCUACUCUAAAAAUCAUGUGUGGGGCUGGGCAUGUUGCUCAGUAUAUUGCCUAUCAAACC